UUUUACUGUUUAUUUUGAAUUAAAAUAGAUUUAUUGUUAUAAUCUAAAUAUUUAUUUAGUUUAUUCAACAUCAUUUACAUACAAUGAUACGAGAUGCAACAUUAGAUACAUCGUAUCUUGGUAUACAAUUUUUACCAGUUGAAAAAAGACUUUAUUUAAAACUUCAAUCUAUGUUACGACGACUUGAAUUACGUUUUUCAUCACUUAAAGAAACACUUUUUCUUUAUAAAGAUCAACUUAUAUGGAGUGGUCUUUCUCAAGAUGAUACUAGUUUAGUUUAUUCAUUUUUUCGUCUCUAUUAUUGGCCACAUAUUAAAACAUUAUUAAAUUCAUCGACUACACAAUAUUUAACAAUUGAUACAACAGCUAGUCCAGCGGAUGAAUUAAUUAUUUCAUCAAAUUCGACAAGUGAAAUUUAUCAAGCAUUUUUCUUAGGAACUCUACCAAUACCUUAUCGAGUACUAGUUAUAAAUAUUAAUUUAAUAACAAUAUUUUGUUUUUUUCAUGAUGAAGACGAUUUGAUUAAUAAUGAAGAUGUGAAUACUCAAAUAGUUGAUAUAUUAAAAAAAGAUUUAGAUACAAUGUUACCUAAUUUUGAAGAACAUUUACGAAAAAAAUAUCCAUUAACUGAUAAUACUGUACGAACUGUUUAUUAUAAUAAAAUCAAUAUGGCACAUUCAUCAACUGUUGAUUGGACACGUGAACCAAUGACUUCUAUGUCUGGUAUUAUGAGUGCACUUGCUGAAGAUAUGCAAUGGUUUCAUCCAUCUGGUGAAAUAAUGGUUAAACGUGAAAAUGAUCCAUGGAUAAUAUCUAAACGAUCGGAUAUGCGUGAAUUAUUCGUUGUACUUAAUCAAAAAAAUGCGAAUUUAAAAGAAAUUAGCGAUAAAGUCAAGCAAAUCUUUGCUACACAAUUUGGUAACAUUUUACUCAUAGAGUGA